CACUAACUAUUAAAAAUGGGCGAUUCUGCAGAUACUGGGGACAUCCCCCCAGUUUCGGAAAAUGUCUCAAUUGUUGACUUUUCGGCAUUUGCCAGUUACUUGAAAAAAGCAGCAACUAUUUUGCUUCCAGAGGAUGACGAUGUCAUGCCUCCAGCAUUAAAUGCUGCGUUGAAUGACAAAAGUAAUCAAGAAUGCAUUCAAAAAUUCUUAAGCGAUUCACAAGUAUCAAUACUGUUUGUUCAGCGUAUUUCAUCGAAAGAUGAUGACAAUGACCAAUCAGGUGAAGGUGAAGAUGAGAAAGAAGCAGUUGCAUAUUACAUAUCAAAUGAAGUACGCUUUACUAACCCUAAAAUGUGCAGCUUUGCUUGUAUCAAGAGAGGAGCUGUGAUAGAAGCAGAUAAGAGCAUUCACUCACAGUUGAGAUUGGUGAAUUUCAGUGAUGGUUCUCCAUAUGAAACACUCCAUGCCUUUAUUAGCAAAACAAUGGCACCAUACUUCAAAUCAUAUGUCCAGGAAUCAGGGAGAGCAGAUAGAGAUGGUGACAAAAUGGCUCCCUCAGUUGAGAAAAAAAUGGCUGAGCUGGAAAUGGGUCUUUUACAUUUGCAGCAAAAUAUUGAUAUACCAGAGAUAUCACUGCCUGUACAUCCUGUUGUUUCGGCAACAAUUAAACAGUGCUUGGAUGAAGGACGUAAACCGAAAGUAGCAGACUUUGGUGACAAGGUGGAAGACUCUUCAUUUCUUAAUCAGUUACAAAAUGGAGUAAAUAGGUGGAUAAAGGAGAUUCAGAAGGUAACAAAACUGGACAGAGAUCCCUCAUCUGGAACAGCCCUACAAGAAAUUAGUUUUUGGCUGAACCUUGAGAGAGCUUUGCAUAGGAUUCAGGAAAAGCGUGAAAGCAUUGAAGUAGCUCUAACGCUGGACAUUCUGAAGCAUGGGAAAAGAUUUCAUGCUACUGUGAGCUUUGACACUGAUACAGGACUUAAACAAGCUUUAGCCACAGUGAAUGAUUACAAUCCAUUGAUGAAGGAUUUUCCAAUUAAUGAUCUACUGUCUGCGACAGAGUUAGACCGUAUUCGGUCUGCUGUUCAGCUCAUCUUUUCACAUCUAAGAAAAAUCCGAUCCACAAAGUAUCCCAUCCAGAGAGCGCUAAGGCUUGUAGAAGCAAUAUCAAGAGACCUUGGCUCACAGCUGUUGAAGGUUCUUGGAACACGUCGUCUCAUGCACAUUCCCUUUGAUGAGUUUGAAAAAGUUAUGACUCAAUGUUUUGACGUUUUCUCUACAUGGGAUGAUGAAUAUGAUAAGUUGCAGAGUUUGCUGAGAGAUAUUGUGAAGAAGAAGCGUGAUGAACAUCUGAAGAUGGUGUGGCGUGUGUCACCAGCUCAUAAGAGGCUGCAGACCAGAAUGGAACACAUGCGAACAUUUCGCCGACAGCAUGAGCAGUUGCGUACUGUGAUUGUAAGGGUCCUGAGACCAACUCUUGCACCACAGCAGCCACAACACUCGGCCACUACACCUGAACAAGGUGAACCAGUGGACAUGAAACCAGAUUCCCUUGCUCUGCUCCAGGCAGCUGAUGCAAAUGCUAUUGAGGAGGUAAACUUGGCUUAUGAGAAUGUGAAAGAAGUAGACUGCUUGGAUAUUUCACGUGAGGGCCUUGAAGCAUGGGAUGCAGCAGUGAGACGAUACGAGGAACGCAUAGAUCGUGUGGAAGCACGAAUCACAGCACAUCUGAGAGAUCAAUUGGGAACAGCAAAAAAUGCCAAUGAAAUGUUCAGGAUCUUCUCCCGUUUUAAUGCCCUAUUUGUGAGACCACACAUUCGUGGUGCCAUUCGUGAAUACCAGACACAACUCAUUCAGAGAGUUAAAGAUGAUAUUGAAGCAUUACAUGAAAAAUUUAAGGUCCAGUACCCACAGAGCAAAGCCUGCCACAUGAGUAUGGUUAGAGAUUUACCACCAGUUUCAGGUUCUAUUAUAUGGGCCAAACAGAUAGACCGUCAGCUUACAGCUUAUUUACGACGUGUUGAAGAUGUUCUAGGAAAAGGCUGGGAAAACCAUAUUGAAGGACAAAACUUGAAGGCUGAUGGAGAUAGUUUCAGAGUCAAGCUGAACACUCAAGAGAUCUUUGACGAGUGGGCACGGAAAGUCCAGUUAAGGAACUUGGGUGUUGGUGGUCGUAUUUUUGCUAUUGAUAGCCAACGUUCGAGGACUGGUCGUGGCAAUGUGCUCAAACUGAGGGUUAAUUUCUUACCAGAAAUAAUUACGCUUUCAAAAGAGGUCCGAAAUCUGAAGAACUUGGGUUUCAGAGUUCCUCUUGCAAUUGUUAAUAAAGCCCAUCAAGCAAACCAGAUAUAUCCUUUGGCCAUAUCUUUAAUUGAAAGUGUCAGGACAUAUGAGAGAACACUGGAGAAGCUCUUGAACCGGAGUUCUCCCAAUAGCCCGUCAUUCAAGAUUGAAGACAAAGCCAGUAUUAUACCUUUGGUUGCAGGUAUGAGGAAAGAAGUUCAGUCACUGAUUGCAGAGGGUAUUGGAUUAGUCUGGGAUAGUUACAAGCUGGAUCCAUAUGUACAGCGCUUAGCAGAAGUUGUGGUUAGUUUCCAAGAAAAAGUAGAAGAUCUGCUGUUCGUUGAGGAACAGCUGGAUGUGGAUGUACGUUCCCUUGAAACUUGUCCAUAUUCGGCUAAUACCUUUGCAGACAUUCUUGGAAAGAUACAACAUGCUGUUGAUGAUCUCAGUUUACGCCAAUACUCCAACCUUCAUAUUUGGGUCAACAGGUUGGACGAAGAGGUAGAGAAGAACUUGGCAGCUCGAUUGCAGGCUGGGAUACAAGCUUGGACCAAUGCACUAAAUGGUAAAAAGAAGGAGAUUGACCACAGCAUGGAUACAGAUGCCCCAGCACAGCCUACACACAAGCCUGGAGGAGAUCCACAGAUUCAAGUAAUGGUGCAUGAAGUGAGAAUCACAAAUCAGAUCAUGUAUCUGUAUCCGAGUAUAGAAGAAGCUCGUUUUCAAAUAAUGCAACAGUUGUUUGCAUGGCAAGCUAUAGUGACUUCACAGACAAGAUUACAAAGUUCCAGGUAUCAAGUUGCUCUUGACCGCCCAUCUUCACCAACAUAUCGCAACCUUCUCACAAAAUUGCCCCAGGGUUGUAAUGUACUUGAGUCUGCAUAUGAUGCUAUUGAAAACAAGAUUAAGGAGGUACAAAAGUAUGUUGGAGAGUGGCUUUGCUUCCAGUCAUUGUGGGACCUUCAGUCAGAUAAUCUCUAUGGGAAGCUCGGAGAAAAUAUUGAUCUUUGGAUGAAGUGUCUACAUGAUAUAAAGAAAUCACGAACUACGUUUGAUACAUCAGAUACACGCCGGGAAUUUGGUCCAAUUGUGAUUGAUUAUGCCAAGGUACAAAGCAAAGUAUCACUCAAGUAUGACUCUUGGCACAAGGAGACACUUGCUAAAUUUGGUUCUCUGCUAGGAAAUGAAAUGGCUCAAUUUCAUUCCCAAGUUUCUAAGUCUCGCAGUGAACUAGAGCAACAGAGUAUUGAAGCAGCAAGCACAUCUGAUGCAGUCACUUUCAUAACAUACGUGCAAAGUCUAAAGAGAAAGAUGAAGGCCUGGGAAAAACAGGUGGAUGUGUACAGUGAAGGACAGUUAAUCUUGGAGAGGCAGCGAUUUCAGUUCCCAAGUUCUUGGCUACAUGUUGACAACAUUGUAGGUGAAUGGAGUGCUUUUAAUGAAAUAAUAAAGCGCAAGGAUUCAUCAAUACAGUCACAGGUUGCAAGUUUGCAGAUGAAAAUUGUGACGGAAGAUAAGGCAGUGGAGGCUCGUACCAAUGACUUUUUGAAUGACUGGGAACGUAAUAAGCCUGUGGAAGGACACUUACGGCCUGAUGAUGCACUACAACAACUACAUAUGUAUGAAACAAAGUUUGCCAGACUUAAAGAAGAGCGGGACAAUGUUGCCAAAGCUAAGGAAGCACUGGAGCUACAAGAACCAGGUGGUGUGAGCACAAGUGAAGAUCGAAUGCAAGUGGUGUUCGAAGAACUACAAGAUCUCAGAGGUGUUUGGUCAGAAUUGUCUCGCAUCUGGGCACAAAUUGAUGAAAUCCGCGAGAAACCUUGGCUAUCUGUACAGCCACGCAAAAUACGAGCACAGCUAGAUACAUUGCUGAGCCAGCUGAAGGAACUUCCUGCAAGACUUCGCCAAUAUGCGUCUUAUGAAUAUGUUAGAAAGAUGUUAUUGGGGUACACAAAGAUCAACAUGAUGAUCGUUGAACUAAAAUCGGAUGCGUUGAAGGAACGUCACUGGAAGCUUCUGAUGAAACAACUGCGUGUAAAUUGGGUUCUUUCUGAGCUCAAUUUAGGAAUGGUAUGGGAUGUUGAUCUUCAAAAGAAUGAAUCAAUUGUUAAAGACAUCAUACUUGUGGCACAAGGAGAAAUGGCUCUAGAAGAAUUUUUGAAACAAGUUCGAGAAUCGUGGCAGAAUUAUGAACUGGAUCUGAUAAACUAUCAGAACAAGUGCCGUCUCAUCAGAGGAUGGGAUGAUCUCUUCAACAAAGUCAAAGAACACAUAAAUUCUGUUGCAGCCAUGAAGCUGUCACCUUAUUACAAGGUGUUCGAAGAGGAAGCACUUACUUGGGAAGAAAAAUUGAAUCGUAUAAAUGCACUGUUCGAUGUGUGGAUUGAUGUGCAGAGACGGUGGGUGUAUUUGGAGGGAAUAUUCUCAGGCAGCGCAGAUAUUAAAGUGUUGCUCCCUGUUGAAACAUCUCGUUUCCAAAGCAUCAGUUCAGAGUUCUUGGGCUUGAUGAAGAAAGUGACAAAGUCUCCCAUGGUUAUGGAUGUCCUCAACAUACCUGGUGUGCAGAGAUCCCUUGAACGAUUGGCAGAUCUUCUGGGAAAAAUACAGAAAGCCCUGGGAGAGUACCUUGAAAGGGAAAGAACUUCUUUCCCAAGGUUCUAUUUUGUGGGUGAUGAAGAUCUUCUAGAGAUCAUAGGAAACAGCAAAAAUGUAGCUCGUUUGCAGAAACAUUUCAAAAAAAUGUUUGCUGGUGUAGCUGCCAUACUUUUGAAUGAAGACAACACUGUCAUCACCGGAAUUGCAUCACGAGAGGGAGAAGAGGUCAAGUUCAUGGAGCCAGUUUCAACAGUGGACCAUCCAAAGAUAAAUGAGUGGCUUACAUUAGUGGAGAGCCAAAUGAGAUUGACAUUGGCAUCAUCUUUGGCCCAGGCUGUGCAAGAUAUUAAGCAGUUCAAAGAAGGUGGUAUUGAUCCAUCAGCUUACAUGAACUGGUGUGACAAAUAUCAGGCUCAAAUAGUGAUCUUGGCUGCACAAAUUCUCUGGAGCGAGGAUGUUGAGGCUGCACUGCAUCAAGUAGGUGCUAGUCCUGAACAGGGGAUGGCACCUCUGGAGCGUGUUCUUGGCCAAGUUGAGACGACACUUAACGUGCUUGCAGACUCAGUCUUGCAGGAGCAGCCACCUCUGCGGAGAAAGAAACUGGAACAUUUGAUAAAUGAGUUUGUACACAAACGUACAGUCACAAGAAGGCUAAUUGCUACGGGAGUAUCUGGUCCAAAGGCAUUCGAGUGGUUGUGCCAGAUGCGCUUCUAUUUUGAUCCUCGACAAACAGAUGUUUUACAGCAGCUUACAAUUCACAUGGCCAACGCAAAGUUCUUUUAUGGGUUUGAAUAUCUUGGUGUUCAAGACCGGCUGGUGCAGACACCACUUACUGAUCGUUGCUACCUUACAAUGACACAAGCCUUGGAAGCUAGACUUGGAGGUUCUCCGUUUGGUCCUGCUGGAACUGGCAAAACGGAAUCUGUGAAAGCGCUUGGACACCAGCUUGGUCGUUUUGUUCUAGUGUUCAACUGUGAUGAGACAUUUGAUUUCCAAGCUAUGGGUCGAAUUUUUGUAGGACUUUGUCAGGUUGGUGCCUGGGGCUGCUUUGACGAAUUCAAUCGACUGGAGGAACGUAUGUUGUCUGCUGUGUCUCAGCAAGUCCAAACUAUACAAGAAGCACUGAAAUCUGCACAGGAUGGAAAGAAAGAAGGAAGUAUAACAGUUGAACUUGUUGGCAAACAAGUACGUGUGUCUACAGAUAUGGCCAUAUUUAUUACAAUGAAUCCAGGCUAUGCUGGUCGUUCAAAUCUCCCCGAUAAUCUGAAGAAAUUGUUCCGUUCACUGGCAAUGACAAAGCCAGACAGACAGUUAAUUGCAGAAGUUAUGCUCUUCUCUCAAGGAUUCCGAACAGCAGAAAAGUUGGCUUGCAAGAUUGUACCAUUCUUCAAAUUAUGUGGUGAGCAACUAUCAAAUCAAUCCCAUUAUGAUUUUGGUCUUCGAGCUUUGAAGUCGGUGCUUGUAAGUGCCGGUAAUGUGAAGCGAGAUCGCAUAAUGAAAAUUAAAGAAAGUAAAAAACUGAGAGGUGAAUCUAACAUUGAUGAAGCUUCCAUAGCAGAAAAUCUUCCAGAACAAGAGAUUCUUAUACAAUCAGUAUGUGAAACAAUGGUUCCAAAACUUGUUGCUGAGGACAUUCCUUUGCUUUUCUCGCUGUUGUCUGAUGUCUUCCCUAAUGUAAACUACACACGGGCUGAGAUGGCUGGGUUGAAGGAACAGAUCCGUAAAGUGUGCCAGGAAGAAUAUCUAGUAUGUGGUGAAGGAGAAGAGCAAGGUGGAACCUGGAUGGAAAAGGUUCUCCAGUUGUACCAGAUUUGCAACUUGAACCACGGUUUAAUGAUGGUAGGCCCAAGUGGUUCAGGCAAGACAACUGCAUGGAAAAUCCUGUUGAAAGCACUUGAACGCUUUGAAGGCAUUGAGGGUGUGGCACAUGUCAUUGAUCCCAAGGCAAUUUCAAAAGAGGCUCUUUAUGGUGUGUUGGAUCCCAACACAAGAGAAUGGACUGAUGGACUUUUCACCCAUAUUCUCAGGAAGAUAAUUGACAAUGUACGUGGUGAAAUUAACAAGCGACAGUGGAUAAUUUUUGAUGGUGAUGUGGAUCCUGAGUGGGUUGAGAAUUUGAACUCUGUGCUGGAUGAUAACAAGUUGCUUACCCUGCCAAAUGGAGAAAGACUCUCACUUCCACCUAAUGUUAGAGUGAUGUUUGAGGUCCAAGAUCUUAAGUAUGCAACUUUGGCUACUGUUUCUCGCUGUGGUAUGGUGUGGUUCUCAGAGGAUGUUCUGUCAACAGAAAUGAUUUUUGAGAAUUACAUGUCCCGUCUUAGGAACAUACCACUUGAGGAAAGUGAUGAAGAUUCUGGCUUUGGUAAAAAGACAGAGAAAAAAGAAGAUGUAAUGUCACCUGCAUUACAGAUCCAGAAUGAGGUUGCCAGCAUUCUUCAGCCUUUCUUUUCCCCUGAUGGUCUUGUGGUAAAGUGCCUGGAGUUUGCUAUGAAGCAAGAACACAUUAUGGACUUCACUAGAUUAAGAGCUUUGAGUUCAUUGUUCUCCAUGGUCAACCAAAGUGUGAGGAAUGUUUUACAGUACAACCAUUCACAUCCUGAUUUUCCCCUGCCCUCUGAGCAGCUUGAAAGAUAUAUUCCCAAAUGCCUUGUUUAUGCUUUGCUGUGGAGUUUUGCUGGUGAUGCAAAGCUCAAAGUACGGCAGGACUUGGGAGACUUUAUCCGCUCAGUCACUACUAUAGCACUGCCACCAUCAACGAGUAUGUCAAUAAUUGAUUAUGAGGUGAGCAUUACUGGAGAAUGGUGCCCAUGGUCAAACAAGGUUCCUCAGAUUGAGGUGGAGACACACAAAGUUGCAGCUCCUGAUGUAGUUGUGCCAACUCUGGACACUGUGAGGCACGAAUCCCUUCUUUACACUUGGCUGGCUGAACAUAAACCUCUUGUUCUGUGUGGGCCUCCUGGCUCAGGGAAGACAAUGACCUUGUUUUCUGCCUUGCGUGCUCUUCCUGAUAUGGAGGUAGUCGGGCUCAACUUCUCAUCAGCUACAACACCAGAACUGCUCUUGAAGACAUUUGACCACUAUUGUGAAUACCGAAAAACACCUAAUGGCGUUGUUCUGGCUCCAGUACAGCUGGGGAAAUGGUUGGUGCUGUUUUGUGAUGAGAUCAAUUUGCCUGACAUGGAUCAGUAUGGCACACAACGAGUAAUCUCAUUCCUGCGGCAGUUAGUAGAACAUUGUGGCUUCUACCGUGCUUCAGAUCAGGCAUGGGUGUCUCUGGAACGGAUUCAGUUUGUUGGGGCCUGCAAUCCCCCAACUGAUCCGGGCCGAAAACCACUUUCUCAUCGUUUCCUUAGGCAUGUGCCAGUGAUAUAUGUAGACUACCCAGGAGAGCUGUCACUCAAGCAGAUUUAUGGCACAUUCAGCAGAGCAAUGCUGAGACUCGUGCCAUCUCUACGUGGAUAUGCUGAGCCACUUACAAAUGCAAUGGUUGAGUUUUAUUUAGCUUCACAAGAGCGUUUCACACAGGACAUGCAGCCACAUUAUGUAUAUUCACCUCGAGAAAUGACAAGAUGGGUACGAGGUAUAUGUGAAGCGAUUAGGCCACUGGAGUCACUCCCAGUGGAAGGGCUGGUGCGACUUUGGGCACAUGAAGCACUUCGUCUGUUUCAAGAUCGUUUGGUUGAUGAUGUGGAGCGUCGUUGGACAAAUGAUAAUAUUGAUGUUGUAGCACUUAAACACUUCCCAGGAGUUGAACGUGAAGCAGCUUUGACUCGCCCAAUACUUUACAGCAAUUGGUUAUCCAAGGACUAUGUGCCAGUUGAUAGGGAAGAGCUGAGAGAAUAUGUGAAAGCCAGGCUAAAGGUUUUCUAUGAAGAAGAGUUGGAUGUCCCCCUUGUCUUGUUUGAUGAAGUUCUUGAUCAUGUAUUGAGGAUAGAUAGAAUUUUCAGACAGCCUCAAGGACAUCUGCUUUUAAUUGGUGUAUCUGGUGCUGGCAAAACCACAUUGUCAAGAUUUGUGGCUUGGAUGAAUGGCCUUUCAAUCUUCCAAAUAAAGGUACAUAACAAAUACACUGGUGAAGAUUUUGAUGAAGACUUGAGAGCUGUAUUGCGACGUGCUGGAUGCAAAGAUGAAAAAAUAGCCUUCAUACUGGAUGAAUCAAAUGUUCUGGACUCUGGAUUUUUGGAGAGAAUGAAUACAUUAUUAGCUAAUGGAGAGGUGCCUGGUUUGUUUGAAGGGGAUGAAUAUUCAACAUUGAUGACCCAGUGUAAAGAAGGGGCCCAACGAGAAGGUCUGAUGUUGGAUUCUAAUGAGGAAUUAUACAAAUGGUUUACUGGUCAGGUGAUGAAGAAUUUGCAUGUUGUAUUUACAAUGAACCCUUCUUCUGAAGGGCUCAAAGACAGAGCUGCAACAUCACCUGCACUCUUCAACAGAUGUGUUCUGAACUGGUUUGGAGACUGGUCAGAUGGUGCUCUCUUCCAGGUUGGCAGGGAAUUCACAAAUCGUGUCGAUUUAGAGCGUCCUUCAUGGAAGGCACCAGACUUCUUCCCCACAGCAUAUGCAGGCCUUCCAGCUUCACCAACUCACCGUGAUGCAGUUAUCAAUGCUUGUGUUUAUGUUCAUCAAACUCUGCAUAAGGCAAAUGCUCGUCUUGCUAAAAGAGGAGCUCGCACGAUGGCCAUUACUCCAAGGCAUUAUCUGGACUUCAUUCACCAUUUUGUGAAGCUGUACAAUGAAAAGAGAUCUGAUCUUGAAGAGCAGCAGCUGCAUUUGAAUGUUGGUUUGAGCAAGAUUGCAGAAACAGUGGAACAAGUAGAAGAGAUGCAAAAAUCACUUGCUGUGAAAUCUCAGGAGUUGCAAGCCAAGAAUGAAGCUGCAAAUGCGAAAUUGAGACAAAUGGUAAAGGAUCAACAGGAAGCAGAAAAGAAGAAAGUCCAGAGUCAGGAGAUUCAAGCUGAACUGGAGAUACAAACUGUAAAAAUAGCACAGAAGCGUGAAGAUGUCAUGGCUGAUUUAGCUCAAGUGGAACCAGCUGUCAUAGAUGCUCAGCAAGCUGUGAAAUCAAUCAGAAGACAGCAUCUCGUGGAAGUCCGUUCUAUGGCAAAUCCACCAGUUCUUGUGAAACUUGCUCUUGAAUCCAUCUGCUUACUGCUCGGUGAAAAUGCAAGUGACUGGAAAUCUAUACGUGCCGUAAUCAUGAGGGACAACUUUAUCAAUAGCAUUGUCUCUAAUUUCAGUACUGAGGAUAUUACUGAUGAUGUAAGGGAGAAGAUGAAAGCAAAAUACUUGAGCAAUCCUGAUUACAAUUUUGAAAAAGUUAAUCGUGCCAGUAUGGCAUGUGGUCCUAUGGUUAAAUGGGCCAUUGCGCAGAUUAAUUAUGCAGAUAUGCUGAAGAGAGUUGAACCACUGAGAGAAGAACUUUCAUCUCUGGAGAAACAAGCAGAUGAGAACAAGAAGAAAGGAGAUGAAGUGACACAGCUGAUAGCACAGUUAGAGCAGAGCAUUGCUUCAUAUAAAGAGGAGUAUGCACAGCUGAUAUCUCAGGCCCAAGCCAUAAAAGCUGACUUGGAGAAUGUGCAAGCCAAGGUUGAUCGAUCAAUUGCUUUGCUAAAAUCACUUGCAAUUGAGAGAGAACGUUGGGAAGCUACCAGUGAAACUUUCAGAUCACAAAUGUCUACCAUUAUUGGAGAUGUUCUCCUUUCAUCAGCAUUUUUGGCAUACGCCGGCUACUUUGACCAGCACUAUCGCCAGAACUUGUUUGCGACAUGGUGUCAACACCUGCAGCAAGCAGGCUUGCAGUUCCGGCCAGACAUCGCACGGACUGAGUAUCUAUCAAAUCCAGAUGAGAGGCUUCGUUGGCAGGCUAAUGCAUUGCCUUCAGAUGAUCUCUGUACUGAGAAUGCGAUCAUGCUUAAGCGUUUCAAUAGAUACCCUCUGAUCAUUGAUCCAUCUGGACAAGCAACAGAAUUCAUACUGAAUGAAUUCCAGGAUAAAAAAAUCACUAAGACAAGUUUCCUUGAUGACUCUUUCCGCAAGAAUUUAGAGUCCGCUUUGCGAUUUGGAAACCCCUUAUUAGUUCAGGACGUGGAGAAUUAUGACCCAAUCCUGAACCCUGUCCUCAACAGGGAAUUACGACGUACUGGAGGUCGUGUUUUGAUUACCCUUGGUGAUCAGGACAUUGAUUUAUCGCCUUCUUUUGUUAUUUUCCUGUCGACAAGAGAUCCAACUGUUGAAUUUCCACCAGACAUAUGCUCAAGGGUGACUUUUGUGAAUUUCACAGUCACUCGAAGUUCACUUCAGAGCCAGUGCUUGAAUCAGGUCCUAAAAGCAGAACGUCCAGACAUUGACGAAAAGAGGUCUGACUUGCUGAAACUACAGGGUGAGUUCCAUCUCAGAUUGAGGCAGUUGGAGAAAUCCCUGCUUCAAGCCCUGAAUGAUGCUAAAGGAAAGAUUCUGGAUGAUGACAGUGUAAUAACAACAUUGGAAACGUUGAAACAAGAAGCUGCUGACAUCAGCAAAAAAGUGGAGGAGACAGACAAAGUUAUAGGUGAAAUUGAGACUGUGUCUCAGCAGUAUAUGCCUCUUUCACAGGCUUGCAGCAACAUAUACUUCACAAUGGAUAGCCUGAACCAGAUACAUUUCUUGUAUCAGUAUUCUCUGAAGUUCUUUUUGGACAUAUUUAGUUCAGUUUUACACAAUAAUCCAAAAUUGGCAUCUCUCACGGACUACAGGGAUCGACUGGGCAUAAUUACAAAGGACUUGUUUGGUGUCUGUUACGAACGUGUUGCUCGUGGUAUGCUGCACAAUGAUCGCAUUUCGUUUGCCUUAUUGCUGUGCCGCAUAUUCCUGAAAGGUGUCCCGAAUCAACCAAGUCUGGACCAAGAAUUUACUUUCUUCCUUAGGGGUAAAGAGGGUGUCAUUACUACAAAGACUCCUGUUGUUGAAGGACUGAAUUCUGAGCAGCUAGAGGCACUUUUCCGCUUAUCGUUAAGGUUACCAUCUUUCAAGAAUUUAAUUGAAAAAAUAGAAUCUCUGCCUGAAUUUGCAUCAUGGUUGCAACAGAGCACACCUGAACAGUGUGUUCCUCAGUUGUGGCAGGAGGAGAAGCCAGUUAAUGCUGUAACAGCUGCUAUGUAUCAGCUGCUGAUAAUACAGGCAUUCCGCCCAGAUCGUGUGAUAGCUGCCAGUCAGCUGUUGGUAUCUGCGGUGUUAGGGGAAGACUUCAUGCCAGCUGCAGAGAAAGAAUUGGAUCUGGCGGCUAGUGUAGAAACUGAGCUAAAAGCAAAUGUUCCUGCCCUGUUAUGCUCUGUGCCAGGCUUUGAUGCCUCAGGAAGAGUGGAUGAUCUGGCUGCUGAACUGAGCAAACCUAUUGCAAGUAUUGCCAUUGGUUCUGCUGAAGGUUUCAGCCAAGCUGAACGUGCCAUUAAUAUGGCAGUGAAGACAGGAAGAUGGGUACUUUUGAAAAAUGUACACUUGGCACCUCAGUGGCUUGUGCAGUUAGAGAAGAAACUACAUAGCCUACAGCCUCAUGCCAGCUUCCGGUUAUUCUUGACAAUGGAGAUCAAUCCAAAAGUACCAGUCAACCUAUUGCGAGCAGGACGCAUCUUUGUAUUUGAGCCACCACCUGGCAUUCGAGCCAACCUGCUGCGCACGUUCAGCACUGUGCCAGCAUCUCGCAUGAUGAAAGCGCCAAAUGAGAGGGCCCGACUCUAUUUCCUUCUAGCCUGGUUCCAUGCAAUUGUGCAGGAGAGACUUAGAUAUGUCCCAUUGGGCUGGGCUAAGUACUAUGAAUUCAAUGAAAGUGAUCUCAGAGUGGCAUGUGACACAUUGGAUACCUGGAUUGAAGCAACUGCAAUGGGACGUACAAAUCUUCCCCCAGAGAAGGUGCCAUGGGAUGCACUAGUUACUUUGCUCUCUCAGUGCAUUUAUGGUGGAAAGAUAGACAAUGAUUAUGACCAGCGUUUACUAUCAUCGUUUCUAGCUAAACUUUUUACAGCAAGAAGUUUUGAAGCAGAUUUUGCCCUUGUUGCAAAUGUGGAUGGAGUCGCUGGUGGUCCAGGUGGUCAGAGGCACAUUACUAUGCCAGAUGGAACAAGGAGAGAUCACUUCCUGCACUGGAUUGAGUCUCUGGCUGAUAGACAGACACCUUCCUGGCUUGGGUUGCCCAACAAUGCGGAGAAAGUGCUGCUUACAACGAGAGGUACGGAUCUUGUGAGCAAACUGCUAAAAAUGCAACAGCUAGAAGAUGACGACGAACUUGCAUAUUCAACAGAUGAAAGCUUGGAUAAUGCAGCACGUGAUCAAGGUGCUGGUGACGGAAGACCUACCUGGAUGCGAACAUUGCACAAUUCUGCAUCUACCUGGUUGCAGCUGCUUCCUAGAUCUCUUCAGACUUUACGACGAACUGUGGAGAACAUAAAGGAUCCAUUGUAUCGUUACUUUGAACGUGAAGUAAACUCUGGAGCUAAAUUGCUGCAAGAUGUCAUCCAUGACUUGGAAGAUGUUGUUUUGAUCUGCCAGGGUGAAAAGAAGCAAACUAACUAUCAUCGUGCAAUGUUGAGUGAGCUUGUUAAAGGAAUAAUUCCACCAAGCUGGCGACGGUAUACUGUUCCUCGCGGCUGCACUGUCAUGCAGUGGAUCACCGACUUUGCUCAGCGUGUGAAACAGCUACAACAAGUGUCUGCACUAGUUUCACAAGGUGGUGCACAGGGUCUCAAGAGUUUCCAUGUGUGGCUUGGUGGAUUGUUGAAUCCUGAAGCUUAUAUUACUGCUACUAGGCAAUGCAUUGCACAGGCCAACAGUUGGUCUUUGGAGGAACUCAUGUUGGAUGUAACAAUAACUGAUGGAGAUGCCAGUAAAUCAUCUUCAGAUGACUGCAGCUUUGGUGUCAUAGGCUUAAAGCUGCAAGGAGCUAAUUGUCGCAAUAAUCAAUUGCAUCUGACGUCAACCAUCAUGAUGGAUUUGCCAGUAACACUUCUUCGGUGGAUCAGGAAUGGCAGUACCGCAGAGGUGCAUGCACGAAGCAAGCUCUCAUUGCCAGUGUACCUCAACUCAACACGCACUGAACUCCUCUUCACAGUGGACCUAAACAUAGCUCCUGGCCAAGACCACCACAGCUUCUAUGAGCGUGGUGUUGCUGUUCUCACUUCUACUGCCCUCAAUUAGAUAUUAAGUUUACUGCUUGGCCAUUGUUGUUAUCUAUAUGUUAAAUCUGUUUUAGCAGCAGCAGAAUAAGUGUAGUUAAUUAACAGCUACAUUUAUAUUGAGCAUUAAUUGCAAAUUUGUCUUGCUCAUAAGCAAAAUAUGUAUAUCUUAAAGAAACUGUAUAUUUUAGACUAUUAGUUGUUAGAACACCUAAAAUAUUUACUGUGAUGCACAAAGCUGCUUUUGUUAAUUUGGUAUUUGUACAGUGUUGUAGCAGUUAGAUCUGUUAUAUUUGGUGAAUAUUUCAUAAAAGUUUUUACAAACAGUAUUUUUAACUUAAAAUUUUUUUUACAGAUUUAUUUCUUUGUAUAGAUGAUUUGAA